AUGGACAUCCCCAACCGUCCUUGCUCGCCUCUCCUCGACCUGCCCGCCGAGCUCGUCCAGCAGAUUCUCUCGUCCUUAUCGUCGUCGGAUCUGUGCCGCAUCUCUCGGACCUGCCGUUUGCUAUGCAACCACGCGAGCGAUGAGCGGCUGUGGAAGCCAAUCAUCCUCUCCAACACCCACUCCGUCAAAUUUGAUGCCAACCCGUCCCGCUCAUGGCGAAAGCUUUUUGCAACCCACCAUCCCUACUGGUUCCUGCCGCGCCGAAAGUUGUGGUUUGCCGACACGGCGCACACCGGAAAGCUCGUCCUUGCCCGCUACAACCCCCUCGAAGACUGCAUAGAAGCCCACUCCAUCGUUGCUGAACGCCUGCCCAACACCUUCGAGCUAUGGGAGCACAACCCCGAGGUCAUCAUCCACACCUUCUCGCCCAAAGUCCAGCUCGACCGCACCACGACCGUCGUCAAGCUGAACCGCGCCGCGUACAGCCAGCCCGCCGACGAAGGCAACUUACUACAGCGCGAGCUCGCCAUGGAGGUCCAUAACGACGCCGCCGGCCACGGUCUCUUCUCGCUAUUCAUGCUGGCGCGGCCCGUCCCCUACGACAUUGUCUCGCGCGGCAGCAAGGUCUGGCCGCCCCUCACCAUCCCCGCCGCGCAGCGCACGCGGAACGAAAGCGUCACCCGCUUCCGCGGCACGGGGCACAAGCCGGCGCGGCUGGCCGAGCUCAGCGACACGACCUGGCGGCUGCGCAAGUGGAUGGUCUUCUCGCACCCGCACCCGCUCCAGCACAACGGCGGCGGCGGCGGCGGCGGCUUCACCACCGCCCGCGUAGGCGAGGACGUGACGACCUUCGCCUCGCUCGACCCCGAGCUGUACACGCCCACCCCGACGAAGCCCUGGCGCGGCAUCUGGUGCGGCGACUACGCCGGCCACGGCUGCGAGUUCCUGCUCGUCCUUCAGCCCGACGAUCCCGCCCCGCUUCCCGAAGGCGCCGUCCGCGCGCUGGCCCGCCGUGACAGCAGCGCCAGCACCACCUCAUCCUCGUCGUCUUCGGUGGGCAGCUGGGCCACCGUCCAGAGCCACCUGCAGACCAGCGACGGGGAUGACGAGGAUGAUGAGUAUCUUGAUUUAGGGUCUGCGGCGGCGGAGAGCUUGGAGGCGAGCACUGCUACUGUUAUGGAUGGCUGCGAUCAGUGCCAGCCACGGUCUCGGGAGGAGGAGCGGCGGCGGAUCAGGGAGAAGAAGAGGCGGGAAAGUGAGUUAUUUUCGGGCAGAAUAGAGGCGGUGAAGUUGACGGGCGAUCCGAACAUCCCGCGGGGCGAGUACACGUUCAUCGCGCCAGACAUCGGGCCGGAGGGCUUCGUGAGGACGGCGGAGGAAGAGAUUUUCAGGGGGGCGAGGGUCGUGAAGAGUGUGGGGCAUAUUGCCGCCAGAGGCUAUCGGGACGAUGAGUUUAUUUCUUCGCAGCUGAUCAUGAUCUCGCAUGAUCGCCUGGCGCAGUAUUGGGUUCCGUUCGGACACAUCUCGUUCUAUCAGCGCGUUGAUUUGGAUGCAUUGCUGAACUCUUGA